CUUUAGCCUUAGUUCUCAGAUGCGAGACUACUCACAGUCUUCUGGCGCCUACGCAUCCUUCGCUCAUCCAACAUGCAGAGAAUAGUACCUGAUGCAGUGACAUCAAUCUUUCAUUUGGAGACUGAGGACAAAAUCCUUGCCGCCUGCCUGAAAGGGGAUUUAACUGGUAUAGUUUACAGCGAGCAGUUUGGAUUGGGGUGGCGUUUUGGGCUGCAGUACGCAAAAAGAGGCUGGAUCUUUGCCAGAGUAAAUGUUUACCUUGAUCACACCCAUUGCAUCUCAGAGACAGAUACCGCUACGGUGACUGUUUGCCUCAAAGAUGGGUCUACUUCAGAGGGCCCAUCCUUUGACAGAAAGACAAUCUCAAUCGCUGACUUUGGCCAUCAUGAUGGGCCGCCCGCACUUCUUGGCUCUUUCUCGCCGUCCAGGAUAAUUGCACACCCCUACAUGUGGCUUACGGUGACUGCAAAAGUUAACAUCGUUCAAGCUAUCGCCGACCCUCUCGCCGGUACUGCAUCUGCUCUCAGGCGGUCCAUGAAUGAUGGUGCACUCAUCGACACAAAAUACUAUGUCAUGUCCAGGCAUAGGAAUGGGAGAUCUCCAGCAAAAACUCGUGUCCUAUACGCGAAUCAUACACUCCUAACACAAGACGUUGACGUCUGGCAACUUGGGCCCCUUCCUCGUAGAUUGUCGAGUUUUGUCGUCUUGCACAUCGUCACAUGCCUCUUACUCCCGUCCAUUUGCCCUCACCUCUCGUACCCCAGCCAAUUUUUCCUCUUGCUUACGCACUUCCUCGCGAGCGUCACCUGGUGGCUUGUACGUAGACACCCCAUGCUCCCCCUGUGCAAGUUCUUUGUUACAUCGCCUGAUGGACAAGCGACAUUUGCACAUACAGAUUGUAUACUCGCGGAAUACCAGAGCGAGUCUAGCCUGGAUAGGGACGUCGAACAAUUUGAUUAUGACCUGGACAGUGACAGCGAUAUUGAUGAAGAGGAAGAAAAUGAGAAUGCGGAAGAAGAACAAGAAGGACAAGAAGGACAAGGGGCGUGGCCUAGCACACCCUCGCCUUAUAAUCCUUAUCAUUAUUCCCUUGGGACGGCACGUAUUGAGUCCGAUUCAGAUGUGUCUGAUACUGCUUCUAGCAGUGCUCUAAGCUCGGAUGAUGACUGUGGUGACCUCAGUUCCACGGUUUAUGCAGCUGGACCAUUGCCUCCAGGUUUCAGCUCGACAGACACGUUGGUUCCUGAGCCGCUACCUCCACCUUCCCUCCGGACCCAGCGAAUGGUGCUAGUUCGGAAUACAGCAUUUCCAACUUGGGCGUGCUAUGUAUACUAUUGCUACACUGGCCAGGUCUCCUUCUACCCUCUGAAGUCUAAAGAUCCAUACAGCCGACGUGAUAAGACCACCGAGACUCUACGCUGCUCUCCCAAGUCAAUGUAUCGACUUGCGGUUAAGCUGAAGCAUACACGUUUGGAGGCUCUGGCAUUCCAGGCAAUCAAGUCCAGCUUAUCCGAGAGCAAUAUCUUGGACGAGGCGUUCUCAUGGUUUACGGCCCAGUACUCUGACAUUCGACAAAUGGAGCUAGAGCUCCUACUGGAAUUCAGGAGCGCUUUUGAAGUGGCAGCUCCUCUGGAGCGAAUUGUUGAUGCAGUUUUACAAGGAGAAAAGCCUCAUGCAGGUGCUAUGCUUCAUGCUUUCUUGGCACGUUUGGCACAGUCGGAGGCAGGUGGUACGAAAUGAAGCCGCAGCUCCUAUUUGUCACUUAAUCGAGUGUUGUACUUAGAAGUAUUGUUGUUCUGUGUUCCUGUUCUUUAAUACAUCUCGUCAUGGUGUUGUACCAUUACGAACCACAACUUGAUAUAUAUAUAUAUGCCUAUAGGCCUCA